UUGAUUCACCUAUCAUGUUUUCGUCAAUUGUUUUCUCAACACUCUUGUUAUUGGUGUUACUGUUGAUGGAGAUGUCGUUUGAGUUUUUACCUUUCGCAUAAUGCUUACUUUGAGUUUCACCCUAGAUUCAAAUCAAGCAUUUUAUGACUUAGGCAGUUGGUCGUUUCCGUCAUUUUUACGACUAUUUACCUGGAAUCGGAAAUGUCUGACAUUUACUUUUCAAACUACCCUUUAAACAAGCCCAAGCCACAACAACAAGCUUCUGUGGAGUUUCCCAGCAAUUCUUCCGAUAGAGUGAAACAAAAAGUCACAGAGAUAUUGAAUAAUUUUCACUUACAAAUACAAGCAUUCAGUUCUUACCCUGUACUACCAUGCAGCGUCGCCAGCAGAAAUGUUUUUUUCUUUCUGGGAUUCCCAUGUGAUCGAAGGUCGCAGAAACGAGUUGCAGUAGUUGAAUAGUGUGCAUCUGAUUUUGGUUGGUUGUGCGAUAGCUACUGUCAGCCUAAGUACUAUCACAUUCGAGUUACCGAGCUAGUUAACCGCUAAAGUGACGUAUGCCUACAAACUAUUGUUCGCCAUAGAACGGUUCUUGAUCGAUCGAUCGAUCAGAAUCGAUUGUAUCAAUUACGAAAGUGUAGCUUUAGUGAAGCUGCCACAUCGAAAAGGCACAGUCGGUUUUUUUACGGUGUUUUGUGAAGUUUCAAAAGUUUUCCGCCAUGAGUAGGUUGAAAUUGGUAUUGUGUUUGAUUGUUGUGAUCCUCCGAAUCGCACGGUGGUCCAAAGCAACGGCGGUGGAGUGUGGUGUACCGCAGAUCGGUGGUAAUGAGCUAAUCGUACACGGACAGGAAACAGCUCCUGGCGACUGGCCGUGGCACGUUGCCCUCUAUCAUCGCAAGGCACGAUCGAUCGAUUACGCUUGCGGUGGAACGAUUAUCAGUGAACAGUUUGUCCUGACGGCGGCACAUUGCGUCAUGAACAAGGCAAACGGUUUCCAGCUCUCACCGAACCGUGUGUUUGUUCGAAUGGGAAUUCACGACUUGGAACAGUUCGAUCCGAAGUCGGCCCAACACCAUGAAGUGGGGAAAAUCCAUAAGUUCGCCAACUACAGCCGACUGAUCGAUGACAUAGCGCUACUGGAGCUGAGUACGAUCAUUCGGUUCAAUGAAUACGUUCAACCGGCUUGUGUCAAUCUGGAACCGAAUAUCACGGGAGUGUACGGAACGGUUGUGGGUUGGGGACUAACGGAAGACGACGAAACGGCUCCCGUGUUGAAACGGGCCGAGAUGCCAGUUAUUGAUCCUUUGACGUGUUUGAAGAGUGAUCGCGUACUGUUCGGGCAAACUCUGCACGAAGGACUGUUCUGUGCGGGUUACACCAAUGGGACGAGUGUUUGCAACGGGGACAGUGGAGGAGGAUUGUUCAUUCGAAGGGCCAACACCUGGUUCGUGAGUGGUAUUGUAUCCUUCUCACAGAUACGAGCCGGUGGCACGAAUUACUGCUACACGAAGGGCUACGGAGCAUUCACUCGGGUCGAGAGAUAUCUUGCCUGGAUACGGGAAAUCACGGGAAUGGCCCUGGUUCCUGAAAGUGAGGUGCGUGUUUGUGAUAUUGGUUCCGAUUCCGAUACGUCUGAAAUAAACUUUUUCCCCCGGCAUUGUGGAGUGUAUCUUACCAGUCGGGUCGUUGGAGGCCAAAACGCACGCGUUUUCGAGUUUCCCUGGAUGGCAUUGGUGGCCACUGAGGAAAGGAUGCUCUGCGCUGGAACACUGAUCAAUCAACGAUACGUGCUUACGGCGGCUCACUGCAUCCGGAAUCCAUUGCCAGACAAGGUGAUCCUGGGAGAACAUACGAUUGGACAGGGCAAGGAUUGCAAUGAAAACAACGACUGCGCUUUGCCUGUCCGAGAAUAUAGCGUUGCGUGUGUCAUAGUACAUCCUGGAUUCUCUUUCAGGAGGCUGCACAAUGAUAUUGCUUUGCUUCGUCUGACGGCAAAUGUUACAUUUGAAGAUCAUAUUCAACCGAUUUGUUUACCGCACACGGAAGAACUCCGGCGUUAUCAACCUCCCCGGUACAUCGUCUCCGGAUGGGUUGAUGACUCCAAUGCUCUUUGGAAGGAAAUCAUGUCUCCCAUAGAACCAUCAAUUUGUGAGCAAAAUAUAAAUAGUUCCCGAAUCGCACGCACACGGAUUUCCGGUUUGGUUAAUGGACAAAUCUGCGCAGAACCAAGAUAUCCAAAGUUGACAGACUCCUGCAGUAGUGAUAGUGGCGCUCCGUUAGGCUGGGGUGGCGAACUACACGGGACUCGUUUCGUACAGUUUGGUGUAACUUCGUUUACCAUAAGUUGCGUUCAAUCGAGUCCCACCGUUUACUCGAAUGUUUCUCAUUAUAUGCCAUGGAUUUACGCAAUGAUGGCACCAUAAGUUGAAUAAAUUACUGCUUUCUUGUUAGGCUAAACCCAUGGUGAAGGUCGCUUCAUAUCAUUUUUAGCCCUCAGUCCGAUGUAUGUCCUCACCAGUUUCGCAAAUGUAGCAUACAAUCAAGCAACUUUGGCAGGAUUUUGCGAGUUGCCACUAUAGUCGGUAAGUGCAAACAAUUAGGGCCAAACUCCUAAUGACCGUUUCUCUACAGUCUAACAGACAGAACAUUCAAAUUGGAUUCUUUAAUCAUUUCGAAUUUCGAAUAUUCCUUUAGUUGAGACAUGGUGCGUGAAGACCUCAGUGUAUUACAAUCGAUGAUAAUGAAAUAUUCAGAAUACUAUGAUAGCAUGAUAGCACAAAGGAAACAAUGAGAACAUUACAAAAUGGCAACACAAAGGAGACAUUAAAGAAAUAAAACAUAUUAACGCUUGGUUUCGUGGUCUGCGCCAGAAAAAAAAGAAUGAACAAUGGUGAUGAAAAGAAGAAAACGAGUAAAAUCUAUUUAUCAUUUUCAUAUGUCCCGUGGUCGUGAACAAAUCACUGACAAAUCGAUAUUCGAUGCGUCAAAAACUUAAAAUUUUACUGUCUCAGUCCAAUAAUGCAAACUAAUGUUGUUUACUGUCCGACGUUUCGGCCUUUGGUGUAGGCCUUUUUCAAGGAAAAUAAAGUCUCACGUUUGUAGUCAAAAUGGCGAUGUCGGACGCUAUUUGAUUUUGACUAUAAACGAUUGAGUGCUCAAUCGAAGUCGAUGUGUGUGGGAAGUGCUUAUUGUAGAGUAGCCGUUUUUCAACCAACUAUUAUAAAUGUUACACCAUACUUGACGAAAAAUAUUUGUAGUCGUUGGCCGUUCAAAACGUUGGCCUUUAACGAAAAAUAAAUGUUUUGACGAGAAACCAAUUGACCAAAAAGCCAUCUCUUUAUUUGAAACAACAUUAACUGGUCGCAUCCGCAUCAAAUAAACGAUAAAUUUUGUUUUUCUUGAAAAUGGCCUACACCAAAGAACGAAGCGUCGAAUAGUAAACAACAUUCGUUUCCAUUGUAAGAUCUGGCGAAUGACCGUAACUAGGUUAAAGCCGGAUAUAAAUAAACGAUAUAAAACAGAAAUAUUAUAAGACUGAGACAGCCGCCAUUCCUGAUUAAAAUUUUACUUUAACUUUUAGACGUGAAAAAUACAGUAUACUUCAAUGGGAGAAUCCUGUACAAAUAAAAACUCAGUACAUUGUUGAGAAAAAAACACGGGUGGAUAAUGUCACAUACAUAACUGGAUGACGUGAAUACGAAUAAAACUUCCAUGCAUUUUCGCUUCAGAAAAUUGUCUUUAGUUUAAACGAAUUCUAUACCCAUUUGUUAUUUAAAAAAAACAUAAUAACAAAACAUUGAUGUUGAAUCUGAUACUAUAAGUAAAUUGAU